UUGUUUUCCUGCCAAACCUGAUGGUGUGGCUAUAGUUAGUCCCCCAUGGGCUGGUAUAUAAGGCCCCAAGGGUACACCUCUUACAUGUCAGUCACAUCGGCUUGGCGUAGGCUUCUCUUCUUGACCAACAACCCCAGAAACUUGAGAGAUGGCACCCAAGAAGGCCAAGAGGAGGCAGCAGCAGGGUGAGGGUGGAUCCUCCAAUGUGUUCUCCAUGUUUGAGCAGAGCCAGAUUCAGGAGUACAAGGAGGCUUUCACAAUCAUUGACCAGAACAGAGAUGGCAUCAUCAGCAAGGACGACCUCAGGGACGUGCUGGCCACCAUGGGACAGUUGAACGUGAAGAAUGAGGAGCUGGAGGCCAUGGUGAAGGAGGCUAGCGGCCCCAUCAACUUCACCGUCUUCCUGACCAUGUUUGGAGAGAAGCUGAAGGGCGCUGAUCCCGAGGACGUUAUUGUGAGCGCUUUCAAGGUCCUGGACCCUGAGGCCACUGGCUUCAUCAAGAAGGAAUUCCUUGAGGAGCUCCUGACCACCCAGUGCGACAGGUUCACCCCUGAGGAGAUGACCAACCUGUGGGCUGCUUUCCCCCCUGAUGUGGCUGGCAAUGUGGACUACAAGAACAUCUGCUACGUCAUCACACACGGAGAGGAGAAGGAGGAGUAAAAACCCAAUUCUCUCAAGAAGACCACUACCUCCGUCUGAAGCUACCCUCGCCCCUCGACCAUCCAUCUACAAUCUCUCCUCUUCUCUCCGAAACGCCGUGGCUGCCUCGCACACUCGCACAACCUGGCCCCGCUCUUUCCACUUUCCCAGCUCACUACAGAAAGGACUUGUCUCUGUCAUGGAGAUGCUCAGUGAGAGGACUGAAAAAGGCUGUGGGGGUGUUUGUGUGUGAGUACCAACGGGGGAAAAAAACAUGGGAUUAUUUUCAAAUAAAAUAAUCUUGUGGCACUGAAA